AUGGACUCCAUGUGGCAAGAUGAGCAGUGCUGCCUUGCCAUCUGCCUGGCCGUCAACUGUCCCCAUACCGGACUGACCGACGACACGUGGUACCCACCAUUUGACAAAGUAAAAGAGGACAUCAACAGUAUCUCGGGAGAUCGAUUUAUUGCCUAUGUCAUAAGCUGUCUGUGUGGGCCACUCCAAGGCAAAGAGUUCGUCGUCAAGGUGGCCGCGCUUUUGGCGUGCCUGAAAGUCCGCAAAGCGCACGAACAGCCAGACGAUGGCCCAUCCGGCAACAGGACUAACCUCCUUUUCGAGUUUGAUAAGGCGUUAAACUUUGGUUUUGGCAACCUACCCGUCAUUGUCAAGGUGCUGGAGCAAGUUCUGAUGUUCUCCGCGCGGAUAAUGAAGACUCUUGCGCCCGAAGACGCCAUCCAGCCGGGGCUCCUGCCCGCAAAUCUUCCCGUCUGCGACGACUCAGUGUCGAGGAAGAUGCUUUACAUGUACUGCUUCGCACGGAUAUCGUUUUCAGACACCCACGAGUCAUCGAUGCACCGGACGAGAGCUGUCUUUCAGUUGAACACCGCAGACGCGUCCGAGUUGUUUCUCGACACCCUCAGCGAUGGAGAGCUAGAGUUGGCAGGUCAUUCGAUGUGCGGAAUGGAUGAAGGCCCGUCCGAUGAAGAGUAUGUCAGCUCGUCAGAUGCUGACUCUAGCUUUGUUGGAGGCGUAGACUUGUCAGAGGAAAGCUCGGAGUUUAACACGGACGGAGACGAGGAUGAUGUAGACUAG